AUGACGAUUAUUUUGGAAUGGACGCUGACAGAAGUGAUGUUGGCGUCGAUUGCAGCAGGAAUAGGAAGUCUUAUUACGAUCGCUGUAAAUUCUAUGGUUAUACUUGCUUUUAUCAUCGAUAAGCGUGUGAGGACGGUCAGCCACUAUUUUCUUCUAAGCAUGUCCACGGCGGAUUUGAUUGUAGGUCUGUUUUCCAUGCCACUGUACACGAUGUAUUUGAUUCUUGGGUAUUGGCCACUAAGCUCCGACAUAUGCGACGUGUGGCUGUCAAUUGAUUACGUAUGUUGUGCCGCUUCCAUAUUUGGGAUAUUGACCAUCAGUAUUGAUCGAUAUCGAUCACUUACCGAGCCUAUGCUAUACCGAAACAAGAUGACAAAACGUCAUGCUAUAAUUAUUAUUCUUGUAACUUGGACAUUUUCUAUUUGCUUGUUCUUCCUACCUAUUAUGGGAUGGCAGUAUUUUGAAGGGGAACGGACUGUCCCCGAUGGUGCAUGCGAAGUGCAGUUUCUGAAUGAUCCAUAUUUCACCACUGGAUCCAUAGUCGCGGCGUUUUGGCUGCCUCUAUUUGUCACACUGUUUAUAUACUGUAAAAUCUACAUAAUGACUCGAAGGAUUGUGCAGCUACAUGCCGCAAAGGAAGGUAAAAUUGAGAUAAGACGUCACUAUAGUAAACAAUAUACAUCGAGGAGGUUUUCAACUGUUUCCAACAGUCCGACCUCGAGUCCCAGUGGGAACGACUUCUUGCACUCUCACCAAUCCUCUAACGGUGGCAUUUUGCGAUGUGGCCACCUGCGAAAGAUUAGUUUAAAUGAGAUAAGAGAGGUUUCGGAAAACUCAUCCAAUAUGAUGGAAAGAACGGAUAAAAUUCCCGAGGAAGAUAUCGAAGCUGACGAAUUUCACCCAUGUCUUGUGCCUCUUUCGAACCGUAUUGAUGAACUAGAGUAUUUACCGCCACCGAAAGAAUGUGAACGCAAUGAAUUGGAAAAUAAGCUAUCUACUGCAGCGUCCCCAAAACGGAGAAAGAUUUCUGUUACUUUCCGAGAUGACAUGGCUGAUACGCACUACAGACGUAAAAGUCAUUUAUACAAUGUGGACGACGCCGACAGGAGGCAGAAUAACGGCGCUCGAGACAGAAAAGCAUUGAGAACUUUGAGUCUCAUUCUUGGUAGUUUUAUAGUUUGUUGGGUACCCUAUAGCAUAUUUGUGAUUGUCAUUGGUUUCUGUCCAACCUGUAUUGACGGUAAAUUGUAUGCAUUCAGUUACUGGCUCUGUUAUAUAAAUAGUGCAUGUAACCCGUUCUGUUACGCAUUUUCAAACAAACAAUUCCGCGUAGCUUUCAAAAGAAUACUAACUUGUCGUAGAUACGUUGCUAAAUGGAAUCCUAAUUUCAGUACAACAAUGAAUAUUAGGGGACGAGCACUAUCCGUGGUAUCCCAAGACAAUAUUCAGGCGUAUCAACGAGGUUUUAUUGACACGGCUUUCUAA